AUGGGGAACUAUGUUUCAUGCACCCUUGCGACACCUUUGAUCAAGAGCAACAAGGCAGCGAGAGUGGUCUUUCCUGGUGGUGAAGUGAGACAAUUCCGGGAACCCAUCAAAGCAGCUGAGCUCAUGUUCGAGUGCCCAAACUUCUUCUUAGUAAACUCUCAAUCCCUUCACAUUGGCCGGAGGUUCUCCGCCCUCGGCGCCGACGAGGAAAUAGAGUUUGGCAAUGUGUACAUCAUGUUUCCUAUGAAGAGAGUGAAUUCUAUGGUUGUUGCAGCUGAUAUGGCAAUGCUUUUCCUCGUGGCUAACUCCGCGGCUAAGCGGAUAUCUUCCUCCGGUGGGAUUAGUAAAAUCCGGGUUUUGCCCGAGUCCGGCGACGGCGGCGGCGACACCCAACAUGUGGCGGUGGAAGCUGAUGAAGGUGAGGCUGGAGGGCCAAGAUUGAAUUUGGAGGGUAUUGAGGGGUUUUCAGCACCAGAGUUUCAAUACAGGUUAUCUGUGUGCAGAUCAAGGAAGCCCAUGUUAGAGACUAUAAAAGAAGAGCCAAUUUGGUCAAGAUAA